GGGCAUGGUUAUAUUUUACUUCAUCCAUCUCAAAUUUCUUAAUUUGAUUUUUUAUCUUACUAGUUUAUUUUUAUUAAUUAAGAAGAAAUAAUUUUUUUUUAUAUUUUAUCCUUUAAAUUAAUUAUUUUUUAUAAAUAUUAUUUAAUAGAAGCACUAUAAUAAAUUAAUUAUAUUAUUAAUUAUUUAUUUUAUUUAAUGUGUUAUCUCAAUUUAAAACGAAUAAUCUGAGAGGGGGAGUAUCUUUCUUUUCGGUGCCGGACAAACACCAACUCAUAACAUACUGACCUAAAACACGCACUCACACGCACGCUCUGUGCGACUUGUCUGAAUACCUAUACAUUCGGAUGCUUCUUCCGACAUUUUCCAGAUCCAAACCCCGCUGAUUCUCCCCUCACUUAUUUUAGAUCUCAACUUCAAUUCUUCAUUUCACCUUUCCCUCAAAUCUUGCAGCAAAUAUAUAGAAAGAAUACAAUUGAUAAAUUCUGGCAUUAUUUGUAUGUAUUGCUUUAGCUAAGUUCAGAUCUCUCUUUGUUCAAUUAUCUGUUGUCUUCUUUCCUUACAGAUCUGUACGUCACAGCCUCCGAUCUGAAAACAAAGAAGUAAAGAUCUAGUUUUGGCUUCCCAUGGCGCCCACCACGAUCCGAAAGGCGAUAGGGGCGGUGAAGGAUCAAACAAGCAUAGGGAUCGCGAAAGUGGCGAGCAACAUGGCACCGGAGUUGGAAGUUGCUAUUGUUAAGGCUACUAGCCACGAUGAUGAACCAGCUGGAGAGAAGUACAUAAGAGAGAUUCUUCAAUUGACUUCAUAUUCACGGGGUUAUGUGAGUGUCUGUAUGUCUGCAAUAUCCAAAAGGUUGGGCAAAACCCGAGAUUGGAUUGUUGCCCUCAAGUGUUUGAUGCUAAUUCACCGACUUCUCAAUGAUGGCGAUGCUGUAUUUCAGCAAGAAAUAAUGUAUGCUACGAGGAGGGGAACAAGGCUGCUCAAUUUGUCAGAUUUCAGAGAUGAGGCUCACUCGAACUCAUGGGAUCAUUCGGCUUUUGUGAGGACUUAUGCUUUAUAUUUGGAUCAGAGGUUAGAAUUGAUGGUUUUUGAGAGGAAGCAAAAUGGUAGAACUGGUGGAGAGAUUGAAAGGUAUGGAUCUAAGGAUGAACAAUGGAGAUCGCCCCAGAGUUCUAACCGGGGGUAUAUUUAUGAUCAUGGGGAGUUCAGAGACGAGCCUGGUUAUGGAAUGAGGAGGUCGAGAUCGUCAGGGGAUGUGAGAGAGUCAAUACAGGAGAAGAAAGAUGUGACUCCUUUGAGAGAGAUGAAGCCUGAAAGGAUCUUUGGGAAAAUGACUCAUUUGCAGAGACUGCUAGAUCGGCUUUUGUCUUGUCGGCCAACUGGUUUGGCUAAGAAUGAACGGAUGGUCUUGGUUGCUUUGUACCCCGUGGUGAAAGAAAGUUAUAAAAUUUAUACAGAUAUAUGUGAUGUUUUGGCCGUUCUGUUGGAUAAAUUUUUUGAUAUGGAGUAUGAGGACUGUGUCAAGGCCUUUGAUGCCUAUGCUAGUGCAGCAAAGCAGAUAGAUGAGUUGGUGGGAUUCUAUAACUGGUGCAAGGAUAUUGGCGUGGCAAGGUCAUCAGAGUACCCAGAAGUGUCGAGGAUUACAAGCAAGCUAUUAGAUACAUUGGAGGAGUUCGUGAGAGAUAGAGCCAAGGCAAUGAAGAGUCCUGAAAGGAAAGUAGAGAGCCUGCCAGCACCACCGGAAGAGGAGCCAACACCAGAUAUGAAUGAAAUUAAAGGAUUGACGCCACCAGAGGAUUAUACUCCUCCACCUCCUCCUAUACCAGAGCCUCCUAAGCUUGUUGUUCAGGAGACCGGAGAUCUGGUUGAUUUGAGGGAGGAGGGUGUUACUGCCGAUGAUCAGGGGAAUAAAUUUGCCUUGGCAUUGUUUGCAGGGCCAGGAACAAGCAAUGAAAAUGGGUCGUGGGAAGCAUUCCCAUUCAAUGGGGAACCUGAGGUUACGUCUGCCUGGCAAAAUCCAGCUGCUGAGAGUGGUAAGGCUGAUUGGGAACUGGCUUUGGUAGAGACGGCAAGUAAUUUGUCUAAGCAGAAGGCAGCAUUGGGUGGUGGUCUUGAUCCACUAUUGUUGAAUGGCAUGUAUGAUCAGGGUGUUGUUAGGCAACAUGUAGCCACUGCACAAUCGAGUGGUGGCAGUGCCAGCAGUGUGGCAUUGCCUGGAAUAGGGAAGAGUGCUACACCAGUUUUGGCACUCCCUGCACCUGAUGGAACAGUCCAGACAGUUGGACAAGACCCCUUCGCUGCAUCUUUGAGUGUUCCACCACCUUCUUAUGUGCAAAUGGCAGAUUUGCAGAAGAAAGAGCAAUUGCUAGUACAGGAACAGAUGGUAUGGCAGCAGUAUACGAGAGACGGGAUGCAGGGUCAAACGAGUUUGGCCAAGAUCACUACUGGAGGAUACUAUGGUCCCGGGCAAACCCCUGUGAUGCCCUAUGGAAUGCCACCAGUAAAUGGUGUUGGAAUACCACCUGCAGCAGGAGGGUACUACUACACUCCUUACUGAUUUUGCAGUACCUUUUUUUUUUGUUGGUUGUUCAUUAUUUAGCGUUUGACCUUUUCCACUGUAUUAUUUGAUGGAUGUAUCUUCAAUUUGUUCAUGCUUAGCGAGUCUAGUGGAGGAAAGGGGUAACUGGGGGUGAAGAGAACACAUAGAUUGGUGGUCUCAGGGGAGGGGGGAAGGAGCGGCGGCGGAUUAUCUGAUGUUUGGGAACUCUGUAACCUUGUUGUAUGUCUCUUCUCAUUUGUAAUAUACGGAUUUCUUAAAAGUAUUUGUUUAAAUAAUAUGCUCAUUUCGAGAGGGGUGUUGUUUGAGUA